UUUCUUGGAAAUAUAAACGUCAAAAUUUUUUCGACCUCGGACCUCGCUAGAUUUUUCUUUCUGUGAUAUAAAUUGGUAGAUUAGUAUUUUUUACGCGAGUUCGUUAUUUGGCCUUAAAAACAAGAGACUUUUGUUAAGUUCGUUUUUAUAAUGUGUAUAGUGUGUAACGUAGCGGCAGUGGUGUUGUAUUUUUGCGUGCGGUUAAUGCAUUAGUGUCAUUGAGAGAUCACGAUGCGUAUCGGUUUUAUGUUUUAUUGGUGCGUAUUUGCUCUCCAUGCAUGCAGAGCAGAUGAUGUGGAGAGGAUAGAGUCUAGAGAUGGUGGACGAAGGCAGCAGUGGGGCCCCGCAGUGAGAACCGCGUCAUUUGCUGGUGAUAGUGGUGUGGUCACAACAUCCAAUGAGCAGAUGGUGAGGUCGUCGGUCCACGGCCACAACAAAAUUCUGCUGGAAGCGUGCCAGAACGAUCCGGCGUGCCUGCAGGACCGCGCGGGGUUGGAAGCCAUAGCCGCGCUCCAUGGUCAGCUGGAUGAUGACGCCAAUGGCAACGUUGACCUCAGCGAGAGCGAUGAUUUCCUCCGCGAGGAGUUGCAGUACGACAGCGGCUAUGAGAAGAGGCAGCGGGCGUUCCAUCAUAAUGAUGACAUGCACAUCUCCGUCAAGGAGCUCUGGGAAGCUUGGCUUCGGUCAGAGGUUCACAAUUGGACAGUGGAGCAGACGGUCGAGUGGCUGUCGCAGUCGGUUGAUCUCCCGCAGUACAAGACUCUAUUCCUGCAGCAUAAGGUCACUGGAGCUACUCUGCCCAGAUUGGCUGUGAACAACAUGCAGUACCUGAGCAAUGUGUUGGGCAUCAAGGACCCUAUUCACAAGCAGAAGCUGGCCCUUAAAGCGAUGGACGUAGUCCUGUUCGGGCCACCUAAAGAAGGCAGCCGAUGGAAAGACUGGCUCCUCGCGUCCCUCCUGCUCGGCGCCGUCGUCGGCGGCUGGGCGGCGCUGCGUGCCGGCCGCGCCAGCCGCUCGCAGGUGCAACGGAUGUUGCGCGACAUGGAGCAGCUGAGGAAGGCGGAAAUAGCGCUUGACGAUAUGCAGAAAGAGCUGCAGAGUGCGAGAUUGGAAAAGGAAAGUGCGACAACGGAGAAAAAGAAUUUGGAGAAGAAAUUAAGAGAAGCUGGCGACACGCCGCUGUUGAACUCUGCAUCAUCUGACUUAGAGGUGUCACAGCUCAAAGCUGAAAUAGAGAUGUUACGCGCAGAACUAAGACGCGCGGAAGGCGAGCUGGAAGACAGGUGUUGGGCUCCGCCCCCCGGACUCCAGCAGUGGCUGCAGUUGACUCACGAAGUGGAGAACAGAUCCUAUUUGAGGAAGAAGCAGCAGGCGGACAUGCAGCUGCAGCAAGCGAGAGAAGCUUGCGAGAAACUCCGCAAGAAGCGUUCGAGUUUGGUCGGCGCGUUUGUUUCAACACACGGCAAGUCAAUAGAUGACGUUGACCGCUCCAUAGUUGAGGCCAGAACUGCGCUCAAUGAAGUUACUCAGGAGCUACAGGAGCGCAUGCACAGAUGGAAGCAGAUCGAGCGUCUGUGCGGUUUCAAUAUAAUCAACAACAACGGCCUGCAGUUCCUGGAGAGUACUCUCUACAGGAAUGCUAAUGGAAGACCCGGGGCCAGAGCGCGCGUGAGCAGCUCGCAGGACGACCUCAGCGCGGGCGACGACGCGUCGCUGUGCUCGGUGGCCGAUAAUUUCGGAUGGCGGGAAGACUCCUCAGGAAGCGAGGAGCCUGACGCCCCCCACUACCCCCUAGAUCUGAGACUGGCUGAAGCCAGCCUUAGAAUAUCUUUCAGGAUGCAGCUUGAAGAGCGACUGGCGCAAGAGGCGCGGGAGCGAAGCUUGCGGCCUGACGAGAAGAAGCUCUCCACUGAGGAGCUGAGAGUGAGCCGCUUCAAUGAGCUCCGGAAGAGUCCCGUCGACGACAGGAGGCGGGACCAGGUGCACUUCGUGUUGGGAGGGGACAAUGUGAACUGGACCGGCGAAGACUUAUCCCGCGCGGAGCUGAGCCGCGGCGCGCACUCCCAGUCGCAGCCGCAGCUGCGCGCGUCCGUGCGCAGCGCAUGCGCGCCGCAGCCGCAGCCUCCGCAGCCGCCGCAGCCGCCGCCGCGACGCCCGCUGGCCGCCAUCGCGCGCUCGCGCAGCUCAGACCUCGUGGCCCAGGACGAGCCCCGGCCGUCGCCUCGCCAUCCCUUCCUCAAGCAGAAGACGGUGGCUGAAGGAGCAAUGUACAACGAAGUACCAACGCCUUCAAGCAACACUCCUCCCGAAGAGGAAUCGACAGAUUCCUCCCUAAUGGAGGACGAAGGCGUUCCUAAACCCCGAAAGCGACGGAUCCACUUGCCUUUCGGUAAAAAAUCCAAGACACCCGCGUGACGACGCGACAACAGCUUAGCUGCCCGCGCGAGCAGCAUUCUAGCUGCUACAGUGAUUAUGUUCGAUUGUCUGCAAUAAAUUAAUCGACCACUAGAACUGUCUAAUAUAUUAGAACAUGCUUACCAAGACUGAACCUUAACACUAAGGUUCUAUAUUUAAUGUCUCAGAGGUAUUGAAAAAUCGCGUUACGCCGGCAGUUUUUGUGGUCGGAUGUUUUCAAAAUGUAUUGAUACGAUACAUUUAUCGUGUGUAUGAUUCACUUUUAGAUAUCUAUAACUAUCAAUAUGUCGAUGUCGAUAACUGAGUCUAUCGACAUUAAUUAGCAUAUGAUAAUAUAAAAACCGAUUUAGUCAUGACUUUGUGUGAUAAAAAUAUUAAAAUGUGGGUUGACGUUUUUAUGGAAUGAAUUAUUUAUCCCAGCUAAUUAAAAAUACCAGUGUACGUAUCUGUUUUGUAACGUUGAAAAGUCAUGACUAUUGAUAACAUGUUUCAGUUUGAUUGGCCAUUGUUUUUAUUGUCGUUACCUUUUCCAGCCUUGUGGUGGAUUAUAUAAGUGAUUUUUAAAAAUAUUAGUGAUGCCAUGUCCAUAUUUUUUUCACCCUUUUUUGUCUAUUUUUAUUUAUUUAAUAUUAGUUGUUUUUUUUAAAUGUUUUAUUUAUUGACCGAAAGACUGCGUGUUUUUCACUGAUUUAUUUUUAUACGUCAGUAAACAUAUAUGUUGAAAAAUUACGUUUUUAUAUCAAAUCUGCGUCAGUAUAUUUUACGUUCGAAAAUAUAUCAUUUCAAUAUCCUGUUGAAGAAAUCAGAUCAAUUAUAACGUUAAUGUCUUGAUACGUAAAUGUCAUUUGUUGGAUUGUUUUAUUAACUAAAUCAUAUCUUUGUGAUGAAGUUUUAUACAUCAACUGCCAGACAUUUUCAAAUACUAAAGAAGUUAAAAUACCUCUUGUUGACAUUCGUAUAACCUUUUUUUGGUCAAUCAUUUGCAAUGUUAUCAGAGUUUUAAGGUUAUAUCGAUUUAAAUGUUUCAUUAUCAAAACUUGUCGUUUAGUUGUUCUUGUUGUGAUUCAGAUUAUUUCAUCUAAUAGCAAUUUGAAUACAUUCCCCGUUUUAUUAUCCUUAAAAUGGGCAAUUAUAAACGUCAAAUUAAAUUAUGAAAAAUAAUAUUAAUACAGAAUUCAUUGAUAGACAGAUAUUUUAUUGAUAGACAAGACAUACACCACAGUAUUUCAUUAAGUACUAUGCAGAGGACUUGUCAAUAUUCUGCAUUUCGCGACAAUUUCAUUGUAUGUGUGUGUAUUUGUACUUAAAUGAAGUGGUCCCGAAAUGCUAUUUGGCAUUAUUGACAUUCCUUUACUCAUAGAUAUUGAUAUUCAUACUGACGUCAUAAGCAAGAGCGCAUCCAUUUUUUUUAUCGAUUUUUUUACAUGUUCUAUAUGGAAAAGCCUCACAGCAUAUUUAUUUUGGAUUUUGAAUAAAAUUUGGAUACGCUGUCUUGCUUAUGAUGGCAGCAUACUAAAAACGAGAUUCAAUAGAUAAGGUAGUUUUGACCAUUUUACUGUAAAACUACUAGUUUGAACCCAUACUUGAUUCAUAAAAAUAUUAAGAUGUGUUUGUCCCUGUCUUAUUUUAUAUUCGUCACAAGAAAGAGACAACACAUUUCCACUAAAGUAAGAUUUUUUUAUGAAUAAGUACGUACUUAUUUGGAUCAGUGAAAGUGCGUUUUCAUCUAUCAUUGUAAAUCAUAUCGUGUCAUUCCCUGUUGUUUGUGUGGCGAUAUACCUUUAGCUGUAUGAUUAAUUUUAGGCAAAUUUGGUGCUAAAUAGACAAUUCAGACUGAAAACCAUGCAUGGCUCAAUUUUUUUAUGAAUAUCGCUGUAGAUAAAAUCGUUUUAGAAAAUUGAUCAUUGUUACGCUGCCAUAUUUGUGUAAAGUAAUAGUUUGGUCGCAUUGUUUUAGUUUUUCAGAUAAUAUAGUACAUCCACACAAAAAAAAUACAAUGUUAUGAAGUUUAAGAAUUUCGUACUUACAUUAAAUGAAGUGUAUAAAUUAAUUUAGGAGUACAAAAUGUAGAUUUUGAUAUGAAAAUGUAUUAGACCGGUCGCUAGGUUUUGAUUAAUUAUUGAUUUUUAAAACGCUAUGCCCCUCCAAAUGUAAUGCCAUAAUAUGGAAAUAAACGGUAAUUAUAAAAAGAAACCAACAGGUAACCUAAUUUAACAUUAGGAUUUUCGCCUGAGUUAUGAAAAUUUCUUCCUGUAGCUUCCUAAUAGACAAUAAACGAAAAUGCUAGAAUUCGCGCCACGAAGAAGUCCCGCGGCAAAAUGGGGAGCUAUUAAUAUCUUUGUUUUGUCAGCCGUCGUGGUGCAGACUAUAGUCAACUUUGGGUGGUUCUCAGAGCAUUUCGACCGCUGCAGCUGCGUUGCUAUAACAUUUUUUCAAAUUUUAAGACAAGAAUUAGGUUUUUUGUCUGUAAAUAUAAUAAUAAAUUAAUUUAUAAAUGAUUGAUUUAGAAAUGAUUCCUUUAAGAAAAUCGACGGGAUCGUAAUCAUAACGCGGCCGCAACAGUCGGAACGCUCCUUUGUAUACGUUACACAAGGGUCUAAUUUGAACGCAAGUGUACGCGAAGUUACAACAAUGUGAAAUUGCAGUGACCUCAGACCACACAAUAUUUUUAGAGUAUAUAUUGCGACAGAUUAGAAAGAAACUGGUCUAAUUUGUGACAAUGUAGUUAAUGUCAAAGUUUCAUAUUUAUUUUAUCUUCUAAGACUUUAAUCCACGUUCGAACGGGCGAAAAAAUCAUUCGACCAUCAACUUACUAAUGUACACCGUUCAUAUCGGAAUGAAUAAUAAUCGCGUUAAAUACCCAUGUGAACACAAAUUAUUUCCAUGGAUAUAUAACGCGCGACGAAAACGCGCCCGUGCGAACGAUACAAGUAAAGGAUUUGAACGCUUCCAUGUAGAUAUCACAAUGAAGUAGAUGUGUAUAUUUUAGUAGACCUAAUUCACGAUGUACAUAUGUUUCGGAGACCCCAGAUCUGACCUGUGCAAAAGACAAAACGUGAUACCUAAAUAUAUUGUUACAUCUUUUGAAAGUUAAUAAAUUGAUCUUACGAA